AUGCCUGCAUUCAAUCAGAUCGAGCGAGUACAGGUUGACGAAGGAUCGCAUGCCACCGGCGAAUCCAAGGUCCCCAAAAGUGCACAAGUCACCGUCCCUAAAGGAGUAGAGGAGAGCCUUCCAGACUCGGUAUGUCUGUCGCAACCUCGUCAGGGAAAAGAGACUAACGAUCACAAAGUUCACCCUACUGGCUUCAACCCUGGUCAAUCGACCAAUAAGACACACGCCAAAAAUGAUGGAGAGGAGUUCAUAGUGCCUAAGAAGGUCCAAGAGAAACUUCCCGAGGCUGUUGAGAGGGCUGUACCAAACGCUAUUCACGACACUGGAGAUACGCCGGUCACGGGAGACAAGAAGUAUAAUAUAGAUUAUUAG